AUGCGCGGCAAAAAGAGGGCAUUGUCGCCGCCGGCCGCCGCCGUCGAUGCCACGGCAAGGCUCCAGGACCGGCACCUCGCCGAGAUCCUCCUGCGGCUCCCCUCCCCCGCUAGCCUCGCGCGCGCCGCCGUCGUCUGCCGGCGUUGGCGCCGAAUCUCCGUCUCCGCGGCUUUCCUUCGCCAGUUCCGCCGCCUCCACCCGCCCCAACUCGUCGGCUUCUUUAUCUGCAACGGCGGUUUCCAUGUGGAGAGGGUCGGCGGCCGCCUCGUCGGCCACAUACUCGACCCCACCUUCCUCCCGGUGCUCCCGCCGCCUCAGGGCGUCGGAAGGGCCACCCAGCGCUGCAUCGACUUCUCCCUCCGUCGCGUCCCCGACGUGGACCACUGGACCCUCGCUGACGCCCGCGACGGCCUUCUCCUCCUCAGCUCCACCUUCAACGAUCGCAUGAGCAUCCCGCGCAACUUCGUCGUCUGUGAUCCCUUGUCCCGCCGCUCUUUCCUCGUGGAGCACGCGCCGACGUAUCAGCUCGACGGCGAAAGCGCCUACCUCGGCGCCGCUCUGAUCGUCGUGGACGGCGGAGCCAGCUCAAGUACCCUCUCCUUCGAGGUGAUCCUCGUGACCUACUUCAUGUUUGGGCCGCGCCUCUGCGUCUUCUCCUCGCGCACGGCGCAAUGGAGCGUUCAUCCCGAAGCCAGGUGCGGCAAGUCCCUGAUGCCGAUGCUGAGCGGGGUGGGCGACCCCGCGCACGCCAAUGGCUGCGUGUACUGGGUAAUGGACGACGAGAGCGAGGCGUACCUCCUGGUGCUCGACACGCGCACAAAGGAGUUCUCCACCACCAUCAAGCUGCUCGCCAGCAUGCGGGAGCAGUACGACGGGAACAUGAGAGUCAUGAGGAGCGAGGACGGGGAGCUCCGGAUCGUGGGCAUGGCUUGGAGGGCGCUCGCGCUCCAUAUCUGGCAUCUCGAUAGGUGCAGGAGCAGGAAAGGCCGAUGGGUGAGGGAAGAGGUCCAUGAAUUGGCCACGUUCCAGGGUGUAAUUGAGCUUUUUGUGGACGGCAAUGGCGGCAGUACUAGGAUCAUGGAUGCCUGCGAGGGGGUUGUUUUCCUCAAGCAGUUUGGCUCUGACUGGGUGUAUGCUGUGAGUCUGGAGGACAGGAGGGUGGUGAAGCUGCCGCACAAGAGGUUCUCCUCUGGACCUGCACUUCCUUAA